GCGGCGCGGCGGCGGGCGGAACCAUGACAGAAGAUGACCGAAGCGGCGCUGGUGGAGGGCCAGGUCAAGCUGAGGGACGGCAAGAAGUGGAAGAGUAGGUGGCUGGUGCUGCGUAAGCCGUCUCCGGUGGCAGACUGCCUGCUGAUGCUGGCCUACAAGGACAAGUCGGAAAGGGCCAAGGGCCUCCGGGAGCGCAGCAGCCUGACCUUGGAGGACAUCUGCGGCCUGGAGCCCGGCCUGCCCUAUGAGGGCCUGGCCCACACGCUGGCCAUCGUCUGCCUGUCCCAGGCCGUCAUGCUGGGCUUUGACAGCCGCGAGGCCCUCUGGGCCUGGGAUGCCCGCAUCCGCUAUGCGCUGGGUGAGGUGCACAGGUUCCGCGUGACGGUGGCCCCCGGCACGAAGCUGGAGAGCGGGCCGGCCACCCUGCACCUGUGCAACGACACGCUGGUGCUGGCCAGGGCCGUCCCCCCGGCCGUCUCGGGGCACUGGAAGCUACCUGACCUCCGGCGCUACGGGGCCGUGCCACAUGGGUUCAUCUUUGAAGGCGGGACCAGAUGUGGGUACUGGGCUGGCGUUUUCUUCCUGUGCUCCGCCGAGGGGGAGCAGAUCAGCUUCCUGUUUGACUGCAUCGUGCGAGGCAUCUCCCCGACCAAGGGCCCCUUCGGGCUGCGGCCGGUGCUCCCAGACCCCGGCCCUGGGGGGCCCUCGGCGUUGGAGGAGCGCGGGGCCCAGGAGGCCCAGGAGGCCCUGGAAGCUCUGGAGCUGGAGAAGCGGCUCAGCCUCCUUUCCUACGCGGGCCGGCCGGGCGGCGGAGGGGAGGACCGCAGCCUGUCCAGCUCCUCCUCCGAGGCCAGCCACUCAGACAUCAGCGCCAGCAGCAGGCUCACCGCGUGGCCAGAGCAGUCCUCACUCUCAGCCAGCGCAUCGCGGGAGGGGCCGGGGCUGACAGCCGCCCAGGGCCCGGGGGAGGCCACGCCGGGCACCUCCAGGCCGCCCCCCAAGCCGCUCCGGCCACGGCAGCUGCAGGAGGUCGGCCGCCAGAGCUCCUCGGACAGCGGCAUCGCCACGGGCAGCCACUCCUCCUACUCCGGCAGCUUCUCCUCCUACGCAGGCAGCAGCCUGGAUGUGUGGCGGGCCGCGGAGGAGUUCGGCUCACUGCUCAGCCUGCCACAGGCGGCUGGGGCCCCGGAGCACACGCUGUGUGCCUGCCCGCCGGGUGCGGCCGGGUACCAAGUGCCCAGCUCGCUGCGCCAUCACUACGACACACCCCGCAGCCUGCGCCAGGCCCCGUGGGACGCCAGCCCGGCCUUCCAGGACGCCCCUGACCGCGGCGCGGACCCCACCGUGUGUCCCUCAGGCUGGCCGGGAGCGAGGCAGCAGGGACAGACGACAGAGACCCCGGGAGGCGAGGCCUCGCAGCCCAGCCCAGCCCCCGGAGAGCCCUGGGAAGCGGGCGGCCCCCACGCCCGGCCACCAACAGCUUUCUUUGCGGCGUGUCCAGUCUGUGGAGGACUCCAGGUAAAGCCCCCUCCCUGA